AUGCUCCAUCUCCUACUCCUCGUCCCUACUCUCCUCCUCGGCGCCUCAUCCGCCGUCCUCGUUCCCCCUCCACCAGGCCCCUCCCCCGUCGCCCUCGCCAUCGUGCCCCUCACCGACCCCUCCCGCCGCGACGACGGCAGCCCCCUCACCUCGUCCUCCUCCUCCUCCCACUCCUCCUCCCCGGAACCCAUCCCCCGCCGCCGGAUUCUCACAUCCGUCUUCGUCCCGCUCCUCCCCGCCGCCGCUGGUUCCGCUAAGCACCCUUCGUGUGAGGGCGGAAACGACACCAGCACAAACGGGUCGGCGCCGUGGUGGGACUGCGGAAACGGCUGCCGCCUGCAGACACUGCCGUACAUGACGCGCGCGGUGGCGGCUUCGUAUGGUGCGCAGGCGGCGCAGUAUGGGCUCCCGGAGGAUUUGUACUCGCGCUUUGAGAUGCAGACGUGCGAUCCUGCCUACAUACCAUCACCACAUCCACCACCGGCACGUUGUUCUGCGAACCCGUUGCGGUGUCGCACCCAUCAUACGCGCCGGACCAACAACACGGCCAGCGACGAUACCUCCUGCAACACCACGUACCACGGCAAUGACGGCAAUGAUGACGCAAACGACAAAAAAGGCAGUGGUGGUGGUGGGAGGUGCAGCACGGGACAAGGGGGAAAAGCACAGCUCAUCGUCCUCACCCCCGGCCUCAGCGAAUCCCGCCUCCUCUACUCCGCCCUCGCGCGCUCCCUCGCCAGCACCACCGGCCUGCCCGUCGUGACCGUCGACCACCCCUUUGAGGCGCAGCCGGGCGUCGAGUUCCCCGACGGGAGCGUCGUGCCUGGGCUGAACGUCUCGGGGGAUGAUGAGGAGGCGCUGAGUAGGCUGGUCAAGGUCCGAGCCGACGACAUAUCCUUUCUCCUCAACAACAUCCCCACACUCCUCGCCCACCUCCCAUCUCCUCUCCGUCACCACCUCUACCUUCCUCUUCACUCCCCCCCACGCGCCCUCAUCGUUGGCCACUCCCUCGGCGGCUCCGCCGCCGCGGCCCUCCUCCUCAGCGACCCGUCCCGCGCCGUCGCCGCCAUCAACCUCGACGGACGGGUCGUCUUCCCCGCGGCGUCUGUCGCGCCGUUAUCGUCACUCCCCGUACCCAUCCCCGUCACCAACGAGCAGAAAAAGGACAAGAGGCACAGGCGGGAAGCUAGAGAGACGGGGUACACGAGGGAAGAGACACAAAAGCGGGAUAAUAGCGACAGUAAAGAGAACAAGGGGAAGAAGGAGGAGAAGAAGAGGCAGCGCCCCGGCCCCCUCGUGCAACUCGGCCGCCCGAACCACCGCGCCGAAGACCCAACCUGGAACGCCACCUGGCCGAUCCUCAACGGCGGCAAUAGCAGCAGCGCCGGUGGUCCCAUCGUGGAGCUCUCCGUAGCGGGCACCGCGCACGCCGCCUUCACAGACCGCCCGCUGCUACUACUCGCCGCGGGGUCGGGCCUGAGCGACGCACAGCGGGGGGUGGCCGCGCAGCUGGUCGGGACGAUGGGCGCGCGGAGGCUGGAGGAGGUGCUGGGUGGCGUGGUUGGACGGGUGCUGGACGUGGAGUAG